UUCGAGAUGAAUGAAGAUGAAAGCAUGUCACGAAACAAAAGCUCAUGCUGUAAUGGAAAACAAAAGGUUGGACUAAACUACAGAAAUCCGCGAUCUCGUCCACAUUUUAGCGGCGAAUAAAAAGGGCAGCACCUGAGCACAGAGCUAACAUUCUGCAGUAAUCACACAUCCUCUCUGUGCAAGGUGAAUGCAGCUGAUACAUCACGACUGAUAAAUGCAACAAACACCAGGAACUCAGACGUUUCUGGAAUGAAUGUCUACAUUUGCCCCGACAUUGCUUCAGCUCUUUCAUAAUCAGCAAUAAGGAAUGAAUCUCAAUGAAGGACAGGAAACGGGCUCAAUCGGCUAUUUAUCGCACGUUCGGGGAGCCGUGCACAGACAAAAUCAUCUCAAUUAAAGAAGGUGACGACAGACAUGGUGACAUAGUGGCCUUUAAUAUGGAGGAGACAAGUUCUUUGAACAUCUCUUUUCUUUUCUCACAGUGUGUUUAUACAAAGACAUAGACACAGUGAUGGUGUAAAUGGAAAGAAUCUGGAUUUGACUCGAUUUUGCCUUUUGCCCUUCGUUUGUUUGAUUAUUUGUUUAUUUUCGGUUGGGGGGGUCAUCCCCACGAUGCUGGGUGCUGGCUGCGUGCGACGUCUCCUCCGCCAGCUCACGCUCCAGACCAUCUUUCUCCUUCUCUUCCUCUUGUGCACGCUCAGCGUCUUCAUUUCCGCCUACUUCCUGUAUGGAGUCAAAAGGGAGUUCGAGCCUUCAGCUGGGGUGGCACCAGAGGACUGCGAUGAUGACCUCACGCCAUCCCGGCUCCUGCCGCUCCAGGACGAAGUGGGUGGCGAAGCGGCGGCAGAUGGCAGCCAGACCGACCCGGUGGUUCUCGUGUUUGUCGAGAGUCAGUACUCCCAGCUGGGUCAAGACAUCGUAGCCGUACUGGAGUCGGCCCGAUUCCGCUACCACACAGAGAUCUCUCCUGGAAAAGGAGACAUGCCUACGCUGACUGAGCGUGACCGGGGCCGCUUCGCUCUCAUCAUCUACGAGAACAUCCUGAAGUACGUCAACAUGGACGCCUGGAACAGGGAGCUGCUGGAUAAAUACUGUGUGGAGUACGGAGUGGGGAUUAUCGGCUUCUUCAAGGCGAACGAGAACAGUCUCCUGAGUGCCCAGCUAAAAGGUUUCCCUCUGUUCCUGCACUCGAAUUUGGGUCUAAAGGACUGCACUGUCAACCCCAAAUCACCUCUUUUGCACAUCACCCGCGCCCACGAGGUGGUCAGAGGUCCUCUUCCUGGUGAUAACUGGACCGUGUUCCAGUCCAACCACUCCACAUAUGAGCCAGUACUGUUAGCGAAGACCCAGUCAGCAGAGAGCAUCGGCCUGCGUGCCGUUCUCCACACCUCUGUGGUUCAGGACCUCGGGCUCCACGAUGGCAUCCAGCGCGUGCUGUUUGGCAACGGACUGGCCUUCUGGCUACACAAGCUGGUGUUUGUGGAUGCCGUGGCCUUCCUCACAUCUAAGAGGCUCUCGCUGUCCUUGGACAGAUAUGUGCUGGUCGACAUUGACGAUAUCUUUGUAGGAAAAGAGGGCACCAGGAUGAAGAUGGCUGAUGUAGAGGCACUGGUAGAGACGCAGAACGAGCUGCGGCAGUCAAUCCCAAACUUCACUUUUAACCUUGGCUUCUCAGGGAAAUUUUACCAUGCAGGUACAGAUGAUGAGGAUCUGGGCGAUGACCUGUUGUUAUCGUAUGUUAAAGAGUUCUGGUGGUUUCCACACAUGUGGAGUCACAUGCAGCCUCACCGCUUUCAUAACCAGAGCGUGUUAGCGGAACAGAUGCUCCUGAACAGACAUUUUGCAGAGGAGCACUCUAUCCCCACACACCUGGGUUACGCAGUGGCUCCUCAUCACUCGGGCGUCUACCCCAUUCACGUGCAGCUCUACGACGCCUGGAAGAAAGUCUGGGGUAUCCGAGUGACCAGCACAGAGGAGUAUCCUCAUCUCAAACCAGCCCGCUAUCGCAGAGGCUUCAUCCACAACGGCAUCAGCGUGCUGCCAAGGCAGACUUGCGGUCUGUUCACUCACACUAUCUUCUAUAAAGAUUACCCAGGAGGCCCCCAGGAGCUGGAUAAGCUCAUCGAUGGAGGGGAACUCUUCCUCACUGUAUUACUCAACCCAAUUAGUAUCUUCAUGACUCAUCUUUCUAAUUAUGGAAAUGAUCGUCUGGGACUGUACACUUUUAAGAAGCUGCUGAAUUUCCUGCAGACUUGGACUCACCUGAGGCUGCAGACCUUGCCUCCUGUCCAACUGGCUCACAAAUACUUCAGCCUCUUCCCCUCAGACAGAGAGCCACUUUGGCAGAACCCUUGUGAGGAUAAGAGACACAAGGAUAUCUGGUCUAAAGAGAAAACAUGUGAUCGCUUCCCUAAGCUGCUUGUGAUUGGGCCACAGAAGACAGGGACAACUGCUCUGUAUCUGUUCUUGGGCUUGCACCCUGACCUCAUCGGCAACUAUCCCAGCAAAGAGACAUUUGAGGAGAUUCAGUUCUUCAAUGGACACAACUACCACAAAGGAAUAGACUGGUACAUGGAGUUUUUUCCCCUCCCUUCCAACACCAGCUCAGAUUACUACUUUGAGAAGUGCGCCAACUACUUUGACUCUGAAUUAGCAGCACCCAGAGCAGCAGCUCUCCUGCCUAAAGCUAAAAUCGUCACUGUCCUCAUCAGUCCUGCAGAAAGAGCUUACGCCUGGUACCAGCACCAGAGGGCACACGAUGAUCCGGUGGCUAUGAAAUACUCUUUUCAUGAUGUCAUCACCGCACCCCGUGAUGCCCCUGCAAAGCUUCGUAUCCUACAGAGCCGCUGCCUCGUCCCGGGGUUAUACGCCAUUCACCUCGAGCGCUGGCUAACACACUACCACCCCAGUCAGAUUAUGGUUGUGGAUGGGCAGAUGCUGAAAACUGAACCAGCAUUAGUCAUGGAUAAAGUCCAGAAGUUUCUGGGACUAAUAAAUACCGUGAACUACCACAAGAUCUUGGCGUUUGAUCCUAAAAAAGGUUUCUGGUGUCAGCUCCUGGAGGGAGGAAAGACUAAGUGUCUGGGAAAAAGUAAAGGAAAGAGAUACUCAGAUAUGAAGUUUGAGUCCCAGUUGUUUCUAAGAGAGUACUACAGAGAUCAUAACAUUGAGCUGUCAAAGCUGCUGUACAGGAUGGGUCAACCUUUACCCACCUGGCUCAAAGAUGAACUUCUUAACACUAGGUAGCUUUGAGCCACGUUCCUCGCCUCCGUCUGAGAAUGGUACAGUCGCCAUCACCAGUCCUUUUUCUGAAGCGGAAUAAACCAUCUAUAUUGUUGUGGGUGAGGAAGUCAUGUCUCGGUGGAUUUCCCCUGAACAUAACGUGGUUUGUAAUCCUGUGGUUUGUAAAAUAUGUCAUCUCUACUUCUGCUUAUUAAAACCCCCAUGGGGUAGUAUGUUAUCUCACUGACUCAUCCAAAGAGGAAACGGUACAUCCUCUCAUUAAAUCAUGACAGAUCUAAGUGUGUCAUACUCGAUAUGGUAUUUAGCACUGGCUUCUCUCACUUCUUCUUGAUAAGAGGAAGAUUUAAAACACAUGAGAUGUGCUGGGAUAAGCCAUGUCAAGAGACCAGGAACCAGGAGUCCGCAAAGAAUCAAUGCACUGACCAUGAAGGUAUGGAUGAACUGCCGUUUCUUCACCUCAGGACUUGUCUGUUUUGGGGUCACAAGAGAAAAAGUGUGUAUUUUAAGUGCCAGUAAUUAAAGGCUGCACUGGGUUUUUUUGUACAGUGUAACUACAUUACACUCUUUAUUAUAUGAACUAAUUACAAAGCCCUUAUUCAGCAUGACCCUGACACAGUGCCAUAACGGCCAUCAACACUAAAUGAAUGUGUAAUAAUUAAAUGCAAAGCUUGACAGGUAUUGAUUUUUUUUUUAUUGUUAAUGAUUUCCUGCAGCUAAUUUCUUGCCAUUUGUCUACGUUGUAUCCUGAAUCAUCACCAAGCUUAAUACAGCAGGUGACAUUACUUCGGGCGUGAUGUACACUGCUUCAGUGGAGAUCAGAGCACUUCACAUGCCUUGUGUUGGAAAAUUAAAUGCAGUACAAGGCCCAUAAAUCAAAGGUUAUUAACACUGAGAGAACCAUGUUCAUUGAUUCAGAAAUAUUGAAUGUGGGGAAUUAUAUUAAAUUCAACUGAAUUAUUUAUAUCAUGUCACAGAAGACAUGAAACACUUUACAUUGAAAAAUACCCAGCUUAAUUAUUGUUUUUGUAAAGAAAUCUCGAAUAGUACAGUUGAUUGCUCCACCAACAGUUUUUAUUUUUUAUGUGCUUUUCAUCUCUUAUCCCAACCCCUUCUCUUUUCGUCUCAGAUUCUCCAUCAUACAUCACAGCUCCUACUUUACUUAUCCCAAACUUUACAUCAAUCAUACCAACCCCUACCUAUUCACUUCACCCUCUCCUCUAAGCACCUUCCACCUCACCCCAUUUAAUGCCAGCCACUCAUCUCAUCUCAUCUCAUUAUCACCCCAUCCCAUAUCCCAGCCCCUCUGCCUUUCAUUCCAGCCCUUACUACUCGCAUCCCAAUCCCUACAUCAUUCAUGACACCCUGACAUGACAUCCGCCCUCUUUUGUGCUAGCAACUCCCCUUUCCAUGCAAACUCCUCCUAUUCUUAAUCCCAACCCAUUCAUCACUCAUCCCCCUUUUAUCCCUACAUCAUUUGUGGCAGCCCCUACCAUUUUCAUCCCAACACCUCUCUCACACUUCCCCAACUCAAAAGCCAUGCCUUCACGCCCAACUACAACCACCUCGUCUGGAUACACCAUACAGACUAGUCCUGCCUGCAUCAUCCAGUUCAAUCCAGUCUCCAAGGAUUGGAUAUUCCCUUCAGCAUUAGCAUCAGCCAUUUUAUCCUCUCUUUCAAAUCUUCUGACUCACACUCUCCUAAAAAACCUCAAAGUUCCUGAAUCUUCAUUGGCCUUCUGUUGUCUCUCACAGCAUCAUCUGCUCUGCCUUUCCAACUAAUCAGUAGGAACUCCAUGACUACCUAGCCAUAGUUUUAGAUCCAGCUGUGGUGAAUAGCAUCGGCUCUUCUCAGCCAACGCCUCAACAUACACAUAUAACCGUACUGCUGCAUCUUUCCUGUGGUAUAAGUAACUGGCCAUCCCAUCUGGCAUCCUCAUGCUCAGUGGCCACUAUUCAACCAAUUUGCUAUUAAUUGUUGUUUGAUCUUUUUUUGAUUUUGUUCUAAUGGUAUGUAAAAUAUAAGUAUUGACUAAAUUACGUUUCAUAAUACACCCACCAUCGACUUUAAUAGGAAAGCACACAUGCACCUGCUCAUAUAUGCAGUUAUUCAAUCAGCCAAUCACAUGGCAGCAUUACAAUGUAUAAGAUUGUGCAGAUACAGGUAAAGAGCUUCAGGUAAUGUUCACAUCAGACAUCAAAAUGGGUAAAAAAAAAGUGUGAUCUGGUUGUUGGUGCCAAGAUGGGCUGGUUUGAGGAUGUCUCUAGUGUUCACACAGAAUGGUGUGAAAAACAAAAAAACAUCCUGUGAGCAGAGAGUCUGCAGGCUGAAACACUCUGUUGAUGAAAGAGAUGAGAGGAAAAUGACCAGAGUGCUCUGAGGUGACAGGAAAUAACAGUAACAGAGGGACAAAUAAGCACUUUUUACAACACAUCAAACCUUGAGGUGCUUUGGCUACAACAGCAGAAGCCCAUAUCCGGUUCCACUCCCACCAGCUAACAACAGGGAUCUGAAGCUAUCACGGGCACAGACUCAUCAAAACUGAACAGCUGGAGAGUAAAAAAAAGACCAUUUUUGGCUCUUUUGUUCUAAUUUGGGUGAGUCAGGAUUCCUGUAGCUCCAGAUUCCUGUUCUUGGCUGACAGGAGUGGAACCUGAGCUGAAUCUCCAUCCACUUCAAGGUUUGAUGUUUUGAGCAUGCUGAGAUGCUUUUCAGCUCACUACAGUUAUGAACAUGUGGUAGCUUAGUGGUUAAAGUGUUGGACUACUAAUGGGAAGGUUUGGAGUUUUUAAAUCCUAAGUCCACCAAAGCUGCCUCCUUGAGCAAAGCCCUUAACCCUCAAUUUUAUAAAAUGAGAUGAAAUGUAAGUCGCUCUGGAUGGGUGCCUCUGCUAAAUGCUGUAAAUGAUCAUUGAUUAGAGAUAUUGUUUCUUUUCUGGCAGCUCAACUUAAUUUGACCAAUUUCAUCUGACCGCUCUUUCAACAGACCUGUCACUCAAUGACUGUUUUUGUUUUUUACACCAUUCUGUAUAAACUCUAGAGACUUGUAGUGUGUGAAAAUCAGCAGAUUCCGAAAUACUCUUCUGGUACAAACAAUAAUGCCACAGAACUGUCUGUCUGUCUGUCUGUCUGUCUGUCUGUCCGUCCGUCCGUCCAUCCCAAAGAUCACAUGAUUGGCUAAAUGAAUGCAAGAUGUUUGGCUGAUGAACUGCAUGAAUGUGGAGGUGUGCAGAUGUUCCUAAUAAAGUGGACGGUGGGUGUAAUUUUUGCAACUUAACUCAAUCAAGACUUUUUGAAAAUGGACUUUCUGUACUGUUAACCAGUUGCUUAUAGCGCGAUGCUUUAUUUCUAUGUAGUGUUUACAGAUAAAGUGCAGGACAUCAGGACAGUUUUACCCCAGUUCCUGGCAAACUCGUACUGAAAUUCUAUGUUAAUAUACAAAUGACCGUUUGUAUUUUCUUAGGCUGGGAAUGUGGUAUUAUUACUCUACAGUCUACUUAAAAAGGUACGCAGUUAAACGUCGUAACUUUAUACCAAGUUCCUACUUGGGGAUAAUGUGAUUAUUGUUUGAAAUUUUCCUCAGUGCUGUAUUAUUUUGUUUUUCUUUUCUUUUCUUGAAUUAUUUCCUUUGUUACUGUACAAAACCGUGCAGGAACCUCUAGUGAAUGUGGCGCAUUACAUGCUGCUCACCACAGACAUGUAACCUGUAUUUGCAGGAGACGCAACGGACCUAGCUUUUUCUGAAAACCAGGAAGUCGAAUGUUUGUUCAACAUGUGUUUUCAUUCUGGAAGGUGAAAUGAUAAACGUUCCUCUUUUUAAACUUGCUUUGUGGUUUUAAUUGGAUGCGGCAAAUGGCGUAUCGUUACACUUCUCCAUCAAACAGAAGAACAUGGUGCAAACAAAAUCAACCAGGAUGGCAGCAUUUUGACACUUUUCUGUGAUUUGCCGUGUGAGCUGUGCCAUACCCAAGCAGUUAUGCUGCAAUCGUCUACCCUACUUACACAGGUUCCCUCCAGAGAAGUUCACAUCAAGGGUUUAACACACAGUGCCACUAUCAGUAUCUGUUUAGUGCUCCAAAUAUUCACAUCUGUAUUUGGAUUUAAAUCAGAUUGUGGCCUAAAAUGGAAGUGUUUUGUUAGUUUUUUACACCCUACCUAGAUAGCCAUUUUCUGUCCAUUUAUUUUUUUACUUGGGACAUUUUCCGAUAAUAUUAUUUGCUUCCAUUUCUCAAACUCUAGUAGCUAAUCUAAAAAUCCUGACGAGGCAGUUACUAAGGAUGAAUAAAUGCAUUGCUGUAAAUACAUCAUUAACGUUCAUGUUAAUGACUGGUCUUUCUUUGUCCUUCGAGCUUCACAUCUGACUCUUCACUGGCAUGAGAAUAAAAAUCUCCUGCUAGUGUGAUUUUUUUUUUUUUUUUUUUUUUUUUUGUUUCUUUCUUUCUUCGUCAUCCCAAUCCAGAUCCUUUUUUCUUUAGAAACUCUUUCUAAUUUUGUAAAGGGAAGUCAUGUGAUUGUGAUUCUUAUUCUCGCGGGGUUUGGGUUAGUUGCUGUGCUGUACUGGUUGAAGCACACCAUUAGAUACCUGCAAAAAUGUUGAAUUCAGGAAUGAAUGAAAUGAAUUCAUUUUGUCACUCUGCUGUUUUUUGUUUUUUUUUUUGCCUUGUUUGGUCUAGCCAGAGAAAUCGUACCAAUUUCUGUUUGCUAACUGUAUUCUGAGCUGCGUUAUUAUUUACACACCUAAUUUUCAACAUUCUUGAGGUGAAAAGGCUCUUUAACUGUUGCCAUACUUCAGCACCUUCCUAUGUUCUUUGUCCUUCUGUUACUAAUGCCGAUUCUCAAUGCACAAACCUGUAAUCAGUAUCGCAAGCACAGGUUACAGUAUAAUUUCAUAAGCUGUGUGGUUUCAUGCUUAGAUAAGAUGGUAAUUAUAGGUUUGCAGAAGUACAAUGCUUUUUCUUUCAGGUUGACUGUAAAUGAACUGCAACCUCAGAUGACUUAUGUGCUUUACAUUUCUUUUCUUUUUUUUUUUUACACCCACUCAAGUAAUUUUGAGUGAUAAACGUCAAGUGUGUGUGUGUGUGUGUGUGUGUGUGUGUGCGCGUACGUGUGUUUGAGAACAGGCACUGUGGCUUGGCUGCCUGCCACAGUUUAACAGAAAACAGAAUAAAUGGGCUGCUGUAAUUACUAUAA